AAAAUUUAAUAAUUGAGCGAAAAUUGGCACACUAAGGGAGGCUAAUAGCAUGAUUUCUUAUUGGGGCUUCAAAUUUACACUAUCUGAUUGCAAAUAAGGAAUAUUUUCCUUUCUUUCCAACCUGGGAAUUUCAAAGCAUAUCAACAGAAAUAAUGAAUCUGGGUGAGGAAAAAUAUGUAAGGUUCGAAGAAUGCGAUUCCGAAAAAUCCUUCAGCCUCAACUCCACCCCACGCCGUGGCCUAAUCCCAAUACGAAAACCAAGAAUAAGCUCGAUUAUGGAUGUAAUUAGAAGUGGGGUUAGUAGAAGCUCUAAAAGACUAAAAAGCUUGAGAAAUUGGUCCUUGCAUGGCUACUAUUCACCGAGCAAUAAGCCGGCCAAGCCCACAAAACGGACCAAAAUUCUCGAUCCUCAAGAGCCCUUUCUUCAGAGAUGGAACAAAAUAUUUGUGCUUGCUUGCAUAGUUGCCAUCUCACUCGACCCUCUCUUCUUCUAUAUUCCGGUGGUGGAUGGCGAGAGGCGGUGCCUGUCCUUGGACAAAAGGCUUCAGAUCAUAGCUUGUGUUCUUAGGACAUUUAUCGACUUCUUUUACGUGUUUCACAUUUAUCUGCAAUUCCGAACCGGUUUUAUUGCACGCUAUACUAUGGUGUUCGGGAGGGGCGAGUUGAUCGUCGAUCCUAAAGCUAUCGCAAAAAGAUACUUGUCGUUUUAUUUCAUCAUCGAUACGAUCGGAGCCAUAUGGUACAUGAUCGCAGUCGAGCGCCAGGACCGGUGCUGGCGCCGGGCGUGCCGCCAUCACGGUGGCUGCAACUUAAACGAUCUCUACUGUGGCGGAGUAGUUCACGGCAACACUUCAUUUUUGAAUUCGUCUUGUCCACUGCUCGAGCCGGAUAAGAUAACCAGCCCAAACGAGUUCGAUUUCGGCAUCUUCCUCGACGCGCUCCAGUCUCAGGUGGUCGAACACAGAGACUUCCCCAAGAAACUCUUGUACUGCUUUUGGUGGGGUCUGCGCAAUUUAAGCUCACUGGGUCAGAAUCUGAAAACAAGCACUUUUGUGGGGGAGAUUCUUUUUGCUAUCUUCAUCUCCAUUGUUGGGCUGGUUUUGUUUUCCCUGCUCAUUGGGAACAUGCAGAAAUAUUUACAGUCUAUCACGGUAAGGGUUGAGGAAAUGAGGGUGAAAAGGCGAGAUGCUGAGCAAUGGAUGUCUCACCGUAUGCUUCCCGAGGAUUUAAGAGCACGCAUAAGAAGAUACGAGCAGUAUAAAUGGCAACAAAACAGAGGGGUCGAAGAAUAUUCUUUGAUCCGUAACCUUCCAAAGGACUUGAGGCGGGACAUCAAGCGUCACCUCUGCUGGACUUUGCUCACAAGAGUGCCGAUGUUUCAAAAAAUGAACGAGCAGCUGCUAGACGCCAUGUGUCAUCACCUGAAGCCGAUCCUCUACACAAAGGACAGCUAUAUUGUCCGCGAAGGGGACCCAGUGGACGAGAUGCUCUUCAUAAUGAGGGGCAAAAUAUUUACGAUGACCACCAAUGGUGGCCAAACGGGCUUUUUCAACUCUACUUAUCUAAUGGCGGGUGACUUUUGUGGUGAGGAACUCCUGACGUGGGCCCUCGACCCAAACUCCUCGACCACCCUUCCUAUCUCGACCAGGACUGUGAGGGCUGUCAAGGAUGUCGAAGCCUUUUGUUUGAUGCCCGAAGACUUGAAAAGUGUCGCAUCCCAAUUCAGGCGCCUUUUCCAAGGCAAGCAGCUUCAGCACAUUUUCAGGCGAGUUUUUUUGUUUUAUUCAUCUUUUGACAAGAUUUUCAUGAGUUGGCUGUAG